CAGUGACAUUGGUUUGUUGUGAGUUUUGCGCGGAUAUUCUGAGCAUAAACGACGCCAGCGGACGGAUUCGUUCAAUAUAGACGACAACGUUGACUAUUUGCUGAAAUAUUAUUAUUCAAACUGCUCCGUUUCGCUAGCGACCUUGCUAGGCCGUGCAUUUUAGCAACCAAAGUUUUAAUAAACUGAACGAGUGUAAGUGUUUUUACAUAGCGUGUGGGGAAUUAUAGCUCGCCUGCAUUGUUCCACAACAGUAACGCCAGGAAGAGGGAUGCCGUACGUCGUGGUCGAAACGGUGAACACCUCGGGCAACAAGGACCUGCUGGCGGCACCGCAGUCAUGGUUGGUAAACAAAACCCAAGCGGUGGGAUAUCUGCAUUGGCCCGGUAGCAGCAGUAGGGAAACUCUGAGAGCACUGCUGGCAAACGAUCGAACACUUCCCCGGCCGGAGUGGGAAAGGCGGGUGUGUAAAAUCCUGUACCGGAAUAUGCCGUCGUUAGCGUCGGCGGAAAAGGUGAUACAAACAACGCACCUGCGGAAUAAAAUCCUAGCUCGUGCAGCAAGUAACAGUAGCAACAUCCUCAGUGUCACAAGGGGAGAGAAUAUUCCAGUACGAAGCUAUUCCGCAGCCAAAGUCACUCCAAGGCCUGCUCAGCAAAGGCAGCAGAGCGCGAAUGAGCCGCAACUGUACGGUAAUGUGGUGCCCAAGGAGGAAGAUGAAGAGAUGGAGGAGGAGGAUCCGUUUGGUGAUGUUGCUCCUGCUGCAGCACACUUGCCAAACGAACCAGCAAUUCUCGACAUUGAGGCUAAACGUUUGCAACACUCAAGCGAUGAGGAAGAAUACGAUCCCUUCGAAGAUGUGAGCCCGCUGGAGGACAAAUCGGACCUGACUGUCAUCGCGGUGGAGCAGUUGAGUGACGAGGCACAGCGUUUGUUCUCCUCGAUUGGCACAGAGCACGAUCAGGAGCAGGAGCAGGAGCAGCAAUCGGCGGUUGAAGACAAACUCAAUUUGCAAAUAAUGGACAUGAUACGCGAGCUGAAGUUUAUGAUGAUAAGCAACCAGAAGGAGAUCAGGAAAAUAGUGAGUGAAAGUAUGGGCAAAAUACACCGUACCGUUAAUCUGCUGCUUCACAAAAAAGUGGAUGAGGAUGCGGAAGAAGGCCCUCGACAUUUGUACGAAAGAGUCGACCCGGAAGAGUUCACUUUCGACCCACUAACUACCGUCGAGCAGGUGGAAAAGUUUGACGAACAAUUAAGGGAAGACAAGUACCGCAAGGAGAUUUACGGUUGGGUUGAGUCGAACGUCGGUUACGAGAGCAGCUCCGAGCAUAGGAUGCACACAAUGCUGGAUCUAAUAUUCGACCGACAGCUGUUUGCCAAGUUUAGUUGGUCGGGCUUGAACAAAAAAUACCCAAUGCAGGUGUUUCGUAACAUAGUGCAGCUGUUCGAGUACAUUGGCUCCUCCAGCGUGCAGCGUAUAAAGCGGGAAGAGGUGAAGCAAUUCUUAAUGAAAAAGCUGAAACAAGCCGACAGUAGGAAAAAUAAAACGUUCAUUCGCAAAUCUGUACCGCAUCAGCGAAGAAAGUUUGAGGAGAGAGAAUGGGUUCAAAGCAGGGCAAGCAAGGUGAAGAGACGAGCAACCGAAACCAAGCCAUCAUCAACACCAAGCGGGAAAAUGAGCGGGGAUGAGGAACGAGCAGCUGCCCGAAGUGUCGAAGAACAGCCUAAUGUAACCGAAAAACAAAAAGAUGAUGAAGUACAGCAGCAACGCAAGCAAAGUGUUUCUGCACCAAGCUUACCAGGUGUGGGCCGUAUUAGGGUCACAAAGCCUGCGGCACAAGUGAAGGAUGAUAAGCUCAUGAAUACAAACGACGGCAAAAAAGGAGAGCUGAGCCAACCAAAGGCAAGUACGUCCCAGCAGCUACCACCGGCUGCCGAAAGCGUACCAGAGAUUCACAUCAAUCCCAUCAAAUCUUUGGCACAAAUGAAAGGAUUUGAAAUUACUCUGAACGACGAGAAACGGAAACUGCAAGUCGAGCGAUGGGUGGACAGAACGGUUGGCUCUAUCGCAGACAUUAGCCAGCGCAUGAAGCAACUGUUGGAGCGUUUGAUUGAUAAAAACUUCUUGCUCAACUUUAGUUGGAGGAACGGCGGUGACAAACGAUCGUUGGCGGAGUUCAAAAACUUUGUCCGACUGUUUGAGUACGCUAGCAGAACCAAACUGCACAACACUGUCAUAUACAAUCAUGGUAUUGUUUCUAGCUUCUUUAUCCGGACGUUAGAUCAUGUUUCUUAGAACUAAGCCUUUAGGAAAAACAAUAUGAAUGGCAAAUCUUAAUAAAAACAAAAUGUUUUAUAUAUAUUUAGGGAUCAAAA